CGCAUCGAUUCAGUGUAUUUUUAUCAAAUUUAAGGUUGACGGAAUCUUCUUAACAUUUACCAAAGAAAAUGGAACGCACUGAAGAAGAUUGGUUUGUAGAGUGUUCAGAUGAUGAGAAAUAUGAAAUGGAUGAAAAGCAUAAAUGGAAUAUAAAGGCUGAGGAGAUGCUCUCAUUAAUUGAAGGUUUAGAAAUAAAUAAUUGUAUUCUAGAACUUGAAUGGAAGUGUCCUGGUAGACGAGGGCCUUCUCCUGUUCCUUCAAACAAUUUACAACAGGAGCUUGAAUCUCCAGAAUAUAAAACUGAAGAAAAGUCUGACUUUGAUUUUAUGGAUGAAAUGUCAUUACCAAGAUUACCUGUUCGGAGGAUUGGCGAAAGUACUCCAAAAGGUAGUGCCAAGAAAAAAAUUGCUAGCUUUAAUGGAGUAAUAUCUACAAUGUUAAGACAUCGUAGAUUGGAGCAACAAGAAAUAAAUUCAAGUCCAAAAAAAGGUGAAUCUCCUAUGUUAAAGCCACCUACUUAA